AUGAAAUGUGUGAAGGGAGCAUGUACAAUAAAUGAGACCACAAUGCAGAAUACACAUUUACAUGAUCUGUUUUCCUUUUUAGAUCCCUACCAAAUACUGGGACCCACCAGCAGUAGGCUGGCAAAUCCAGGCAGCGGCCAGAUCCAGCUGUGGCAGUUUCUCCUAGAGCUGCUCUCAGACAGUGCCAACGCUAACUGUAUCACCUGGGAGGGCACCAAUGGAGAGUUCAAAAUGACAGACCCCGAUGAGGUGGCACGGAGAUGGGGUGAGCGGAAAAGCAAACCCAACAUGAACUAUGACAAAUUAAGCCGGGCGUUGAGAUACUACUAUGACAAAAAUAUUAUGACUAAGGUUCACGGCAAACGUUAUGCCUACAAAUUUGACUUUCACGGGAUUGCUCAAGCUCUGCAGCCUCAUCCCACCGAAACAUCUAUGUACAAGUAUCCAUCGGAAUUCUCAUAUAUGCCACCUUACCACACUCACCAACAGAAGGUUAACUUUGUCCCUUCGCACGCUUCGUCUAUGCCAGUAACAUCGUCUGGCUUUUUUGGACCAACGUCACCAUACUGGAGUUCACAGAAUGCAAACAUCUACCAAAACCCGGGCCUUCGGCAUCCUAACAGCCACGUCCAGCCACACCUGGGAAGCUUCUAUUAG